CACAAAAAAGGGGGAUUUAGUGUAAGUAUGCUCUUGGUUAAUGCCCGGAACGAUAAUUUUUUCGAUAUUGUAAGUAGUUAACAUGCACCAUCGGUUUUUCCGGGUAGUACACAUUUUUUAUUUUCCACUUUUUCUAUUUCCGAGUUGCAACAAGGUGAAGCAACUCCCGUCGUAUGCGAACCUCGCCGUCAACAACAGAAUCGUGUUUAGUGCCUACCAGUCUCAGCUGUGAAGAUCACGUACGUACUCUUUUUACCAGUUCGGACGAAGCUGUUCUUGGAAAAGUGUUUAUCACUGGAAGAGUCGACAAUGCGGUGCCUUUCUCGUCGAAAUGUAACGCUCACCAUUAGUAUCGUCUUUGGUUGCUGUAUCAUCUUUUUGAUGAACCAAUCAAUCCAUCAACUUCUCACUGGCAAUAACGUUGUCGUACCGCAUGUUGUUCACGAAACGUCCAGCAAGAUUCCCAAAGCCCACAGCAACAGAGUCAAUAUCGCGCAAGUUGAUGAAAAGACAGAUCUCUACGGAAAGGUGCGCGUUCUUUGCUGGAUCCUAACGUCACCGGAUAAUCACAAGACAAAAGCACUGGCAGUGAAAGAAACCUGGGAGCGCUGCAAUGUUCUACUGUUUAUGAGCUCCGCAGUAGAUCCAAUUUUGCCAUCUGUACAGCUGCCAGUGCGGGAAGGCCGUAAUCAAUUGUGGGGCAAAACGAGGGAGGCAUUUCGCCAUAUAUGGAACCACUAUCGCGAUGAGGCAGAUUGGUUUCUUAAAGCUGACGAUGACACGUACGUAAUUGUUGAGAACUUGCGUUACUUUUUGACACCCUACAACACAUCGAAAGCAUUGUGGUUCGGCCACAAAUAUAAAUCAAUUGUUGAGACUGGAUAUUUCAGUGGCGGGGCUGGAUAUGUAUUGAGUAAGGAAGCUACAAGGAGAUUCGUGGAGGAAGGUUACUUUAAUGCGUUGGCUUGCCGACAUGAUCACGAAGGCGCAGAAGAUGCAGAAAUGGGAAAGUGUAUGCAAAACCUGAAUGUUUCGGCCAUGGACACGCGCGACUCUAAGGGAAGAGGAAGGUUCUUUCCUUUUGUUCCAGAGCAACAUUAUUUCGCCGGUAAAAUUACGCCAAGUUAUUGGUACUGGAAUAACAUCUACUACGCCCCCACUCAAGGACGCGAAUGCUGCUCGGAUAGCGCCAUUUCCUUUCAUUAUGUCAAUCCCCAACAGAUGUACGUAUACGAUUAUUUCCUUUAUCAGCUUCGGCCUUUUGGAAUGAAAGCCGAUCAACGACCUUCUACUCCAGAGCCACCCCCGGAUUUAAAUCUCACUGCCUUCCCCUGGUUCGCUCCGAGAGAGGAAACCACUACCACUACGUUAAGCACAACUAAUACAACAUUGACCGAUAUCAAUGUUUCUAACGUAACAAAUGUUCCGAGUGUAUCAAAUUUUACAGAAGCAACUAGUAACAAGACAGGGAUGGUUAAUAAAUGGAAGGCUGUUUUCGGCUAAAAAAUGGUUUUUGUUUCUACAACUGGCGCGAUUCAAAAACACUGCCUUCCCCUGAUUCGCUCCGAGAGAGGAAACCACACAAAACGCUGUGUUAACUUUCGACUUUCGUUACUCGAAAAAGAUGCAAGAUAUAUCUUUUACUUUGCACCUUUAACUUGAGCGCCAAACGUUAUCAUCGGUCGUAUGAGAAUAUGACCAACUCCGGGCUUCUAAUAAGAAAGAAAAUCGAAUGAAUAAAUACACUCCGUCCUCCAGUCACCCAAAAAGUAAGUAUAGAAGAAUACGACGAGACCAUUGAAAUGCAAGCUUACGAGGUUUCUGCCUUUAAAAAAGGGAUUGUUAAUCAUCAUCCUGUACACAAUAUUGGUAUUAGUCCAGCAAUUUUUCCCUAUCACAUUUAUCAGUUUGAUACGUGCUGGAUAAUAACCCUUUCACUCUUUACCCAGUACUAAAUAAAAUUAUACAUCAUUCUGGAUACGU